UCCUCUAGCAUGGUGGAUGUAUGGACAGUCUCACCGAGCAGAGGUUGACAGCUCCGAGCAUCCCGGCCCCUCACCUGGAGCACUACAGUGUCCUGCACUGCACCAUGACCUUGGAUGUCCAAACGGUGGUGGUGUUUGCUGUCAUCGUGGUCCUCCUGCUCGUGAACGUGGUCCUCAUGUUCUUCUUGGGCACCCGUUGAACCAAUGGA